UGCCCUCAUCUUCAACUAUAAAUAUAUGAUAUUUGAACUCUUACUCUUCACACUCAUCCUUGCAGAACACAUAUUUUCUCAUAUAUUAGCAUUAAUGGCAUUCCUUAAUGCAAAUCGAGUAUUUCUGAUGGCUGUUUUCAUGGCAAUAUUGCUUAUCAUAUCACCCAAAAUGGCAAACGCUUCAAUUUCUGAUGCAAACCCAGAGAUUCCACGUGGAAGAAGGCUUCUUGAGAGUGGAUACAGUACAACAGGACAUGGAGGGUACAAUAGUGAUAAAGGAUACACAACAAAUGGACGAGGAGGAUACAAUAGAAGACUUCUUGAGAAUGGAUACAGCACAACUGGACGUGGAGUGUACAAUAGUGAGAGUGGAUACAGUACAAAUGGGCGUGGAGGUUACAAUAGCGAGGGAGGAUACACUGCAACAGGCCGUGGAGGAUACAACUAAAAAGUCACAGAGAUGAUUGAUGAAGCUAAGCAUGGU